AUGGCUGAGAAAACCGGUUGCUCGAUGGAGAAGGCUACCAAGAGAGGUGCCGAAGACGAGAUUGAGCUUCCCGCCAAGAGAGUGCACCAGGAUCACCCUGCCGGAGCUAUCGAAGAGCCCAAGAACCAGGGCAAUGUCCUGGCUCACGGUGGUGUCGUGGCGGAGUCUAGCACCUCGAUCACCGAUUCAGCCAAAUCUGGAGUCCAGAAGACCACGGGUGACGCCGUCAAGCACAAUGCCAAGACCAUCAAGAUCCCCGUGGUCUCCGAUGACAUCGCGUAUCUCGAGCACAUUCGUCACAAGGUCAUUGGAACCAUUGGCCUGCUCUCCAAACGAAGCGGCCCAGGCUCUGUUCCGCCCUCCGAGCUUCUUGACCGCCUCGACCAGUUCUUCAACUGGCUCGAGACCCGACCCUGGGGCCCAGAGUAUCUCCCCCUCAGCAACAGAAAGACUCUGGAGACCAUGCUCCGAUUCGUUUGGGAGCCGACUGAGAAGCGGACCCAGGCCUACUUCAGCGGGGAGCAGAAGACUCGAGCCAAGGCCCUCACCACCAAUUGGGGCGAUAAAGAGGCGUCUCUCUUUGUCGACGAUGACGAGAACGACAGUCAGAUGCCCGCCGACGCAACCGAGGAUGCGGAGAUGAUCACAAAGACCAAGCCGACCAAGAAGCCGACCAAGGACUCGGGUCUCAAGAUUGUGGACUUUCGUCUCCCCCCGCUGGACCACCACAUCUUCGGACUCACUAAACCGAUGUGCGGCAUUGCGUACAUACUAGGCAAGACCAAGGUUUACCACUACAACCCACAGAUGGCGGGCCUGAAGAAGAGUUCCCAUGCCUUCGGACACAACGGAAUCGAGCCCGGCGCGUGGUGGCCCAUGCAGGCGGCCGCCGUAUUCAACGGGGCCCACGGAUCCUGGCAGGGUGGAAUCUCCGGUCAUGCGGGCGAGGGAGCCUACUCCAUCGUCAUCUCCGGCGCCUACAAGGGCUGCGACGCCGACCAGGGAAAUACCCUCCACUACUCCGGCUCGGGCGCGGACGUCCAUACCGGCCAGACGCCCCAGAACAAGGACGGCACCAAGCUCCUUCACCUCUCUCUGAAGAAGGGCAACCCUGUCCGCGUUCUUCGAUCCGCCUCCGGCAAGGGCGGCGCCUUCCGCCCUUCUCAUGGUAUACGCUACGACGGGCUCUACAAAGUCACUCAAGUCCGCAUUCUCACGAAACAGAAGGGAGGGGCGUACUAUCAGUUCGAGUUGGAGCGUCUCCCUGGUCAGAAGGACUUGGUAGAGCUUCUUGGAACCCCCGACAACGCCCAGCAGGCUCAGUGGCUGGCUGUAAGGGAGGGAUACUGA